UAAACAAAAUAAAAAUGAUUUUACAAAAUCGGUGCACAAUAUAGACUUUUUAUCUUGUUAAAAGUUCACACUAUACUGAAAUAAUAGUUUUAAGCCACCAAUUGCACUGAACCCUUUUAUGUUGAUUUUCUCUUGAAUUUUACAAAUGUGAAACUCAAUUUCGUUUAUUGAAGAAACUAUUAUUGUUAAAAAAUCAUUCAUUAAUUAAACUUUUUGCACAGUGGUAGGCGAAUAUAUCAAUACAAGAAAGACGACUUUAAAAUUAUCCAGGUAUUAAACAGCAUGGAUACACAUAAGCAUGGAAGUCAAAAGAAGCUGACAAUUAAAAAAAGCUUCUAAACUUGUAAUAUGAAAAAAGCUUGUAAACGAUCAAAACCUAGAUAAAAAGUCGUCUUCAUUGAAUUGAUAUAAUCGUCUUCGAGUUACCAGUGUAUCAAAAUUAAUGACAGAUUUUGUUUAAAUUCAGUUUAAAUAAAUCCAAAGAAUAUGAAAGUUUAGAUGUGAUAAAGUACUGUUUCUGAAUUGAUCUAGAUAUACGUCAUGACACAAAUAAAACAAUUUAAAUAUAAAAAGAUGGAUUUGAAGGAGGGAGAUGAUUAUAUUCUGAUGCAUCCUGAUACUGUUAAAUAUAUCUGGUGCCCAGAUAUAUAUAUAGAUUUUGCGAAAGCUCUACGAGCUCCGAUGUUUUUGGUUGCACCGGCCUCACUUCGCAUCUACAGAAAUAGUACUUUAAGAUACGCCAGUCAAAUAAAUUAUGAUGUUGCUUGUCCAAUGAGCUUCCAGAGAUAUCCUCAUGACACACAGAUUUGUAAAGUCAAGUUUGAAAGUUAUGGGCACACCAGUGAUAAGAUGGAUGUACGAUGGAAGCGAGGUUUAGAUGCGAGCAAAAUAACAGAGAAUAAUUCUAUAUCGCUUGCUCAGUUUGAUUAUGCUGUGAGUUUCGAAGAAGAGUACAGAGAGGCAAUAGCGUCAGGAGAAUAUCCAGGGGUUAUAAUGACAAUUGCUCUUAGAAGAAAACUCAGUUAUCAUCUUCUUCAGACCUUUCUUCCCUCUGCUCUAUUUGUGAUUGUAGCCUGGCUCUCUCUAUUUCUUCCACCUGAGUCAAUUCCUGGACGAAUAGCAAUGGCAAUGACGACCUUGCUAACUUUAGCUGCCAUGUUUGGUGCUGUCAGGUAG